GGAACACAAACUUCGGUUCAGACCGGGUCAAUAGAGAGACAAACGGAGCACCUAUAAAACUCGUUCAUCUUCCCCCAAUCGAAAAGGCCCUAGAUUAUCACAGAGCUGGUUCGUCAUUCUUCUUCGUCGCAAAUCUCACAAUCGUUAGAGAAACCUAUCGCCUCUAUUCAAAGAUGUCGGAAGCACCAUUUAGACCACGUGAAAAGCUUUUUGAGAAGCAAAAAUAUUUCCAGAAUAUCCCCAAGCAUACCUACUUGAAGGGACCCAUGGAUAAGGUUACAUCUGUGGCCAUACCUCUGGCUUUGGCUGCAACAUCACUUUAUCUGAUUGGACGAGGGAUCUAUAACAUGUCGCAUGGAAUUGGAAAGAAAGAAUGACCUUGGAAUUUUGAAUUGAGGAGGUGGGCGAUUUGCCACAUAAAACAACCAUAGCCUCCUUAAUAUAGACCACUGGUUUUCUUUGCAUUUAUGUUUGUUCUCUUAAUAAAAUUUCUUAGUUGCAGAUUUUGACUGCCAUUGGGGUUUAUAACUUUAUAAUUAAAGUUGUUCAUUGUAUGUUCUAUAAAAUCAAAUUGGUUGAAUUGGCUCCGACUGCUGGUUUCAGAUUCUGGUU